AUGUCCAAAAUACCCUGCUUUUCGCCUCAUUGUUACAAGACAAUUGGAUCCCAGUUUGAUUUUUUAAAUGAUAACAUAACGGAGAUUAUGUUCGUAAAUGUUUCAGCUUCCGGGGGCAAAGGUCAGCCUGUGUCCAACUCUCAAGUAUAUUACUCAACGCUGUUUGCAGUUGUUGCUGUGUCGUUGAGUUCCGUUAUUUUCAUCUUUGGAAUCCUGGGGAAUAUUCUUGUGGUGAUCGUCAUCGCUAGGACCCGAAGCAUGCACACCCCGACCAACUGCUACCUUCUCAGUUUGGCCGUUGCAGACAGUCUAGUUCUUCUAUCAGCGACGCUUCCUGCCAUACCCGAGCCGUUCUUCAGAAUCGACGAAUGGCCUUACGGUCGAGUUUUGUGCUCGCUGCUAAUAUUCCUACAGUACCUGGGGAUCGACACGUCGUCUUUGUCCAUUACUGCUUUCACCAUAGAAAGAUACAUCGCCAUUUGUCAUCCGAUGAAGGCACAAAUCAUGUGUACGGUCAGCAGAGCCAAGAAGAUCAUCGCGGCUCUGUGGACCUUCACAAUUCUCUACUGCUCUCCAUGGCUUGGUCUCACGGUAAUAACAGAAAGCCGCUACCACAACCGGACGCCCAUAGAAAAGUGCCAGUUCCGCCUGGCCAGAUCCUCGUACCUGGCCUUCUUCCUCUUCGACCUGGUGCUCAUGUACUUCAUCCCGCUGCUGGUCGCCACCGUCCUCUACCUCCUCAUCGGCAGAAUCCUCUACCUCAGCCGCAACCUCCGGAGGAUCCAGAAGGUCACCGCCAACCGGGGCUUGCUAAAGCAUCGGGUCACCUCAGGGGCUGAUUCUCGCACACAGGUGGUCCGGAUGCUAGUUGUGGUGGUGGUCACCUUUGCCAGCCUGUGGAUGCCGUACCGUGUGAUGGUGGUCUACAACAGCUUUGCCCAAAAGAAGUACAUGGACUUGUGGUUUUUGCUCUUUGCCAGGACUAUGGUGUACGUGAACUGUGCCAUUAAUCCUGUACUUUACAACAUCAUGUCGGUCAAGUUCAAGAGAGCUUUUCAGAAGUACCUUACCUGCUGGCGUAGGAAAUCGCGAGCACCUUCCCAGCACACCAGCGAGACGCCAGCAGAUUUUCUGGCCAACAAAAGAAGCAGGUUCAGACACGCAGACAGCUCAAAACAGCUGGGUUCUGGCAGUGGAAGCAGCAACAACACCCGGGAGAUUCUGCAGCACUUUGAGGACAUUCAGAUCCUGCCGUUACCCAGCACCCGGAUGCAGUUCUACGACAGCUGUGUGACCGCGGAAGCUCGAAGCUUGUGUAGAAACGGAUGCCGGGAGCCCUCUGUUGACGAACAGGCAGUAUGA